AAAAAAUAGAUAUUGUGAAAGUUAAUUAAAUUUGAGAAGAAUGUAUGUAAUAAUUCACAAGAUCCUCCUGACUAUUUUUAUUAUUCCCCGAGUAUAAAACAUUAAAGAGAAUCAAAUUAGAAUAAUGUACGUAAAAGUCAAAUGGUUGCAAUGAACUUGAAAAAAUCAUAUCAAGUACACUAAGUUUAAUAAAAAUAAAAAUAAAACUAAAAAAAACAUAGGUUUCACAUGAGUUUUAUAAUCUUCACAAUUUAAAAAAUUUAAUUAGCCCAAAAUACCAUAAAAUUUUUCAAAAAAUCCAACACCAUCUAAUAAUUUGUUUUCAUUCACUCACUAGUCACCGCCCAUGCGCAUGCUGCCUUUCCUCCUUUCUCUUACACAAAUUCUCAAUACCCCAUCUUCUAACAACCUUAUGUCCUUAAUCCCUCUAACACCCCAACAAAAAUUAAAUUAAUAAAUAUAUAUAAUACAAUAAAAAUAAUUUAAAAUUAAAAUAAAAAAGAAUUUAAAAAAAAAAUCCUAACCCUUUAAGACCUAACCCUAACCCAACUCUCCCAAAUUUCCCCCCUUUUUUUGUUGAUUCUUAUUUGUUACCCCUCAUCAAAAAAAAUAUAUCUAAGCACACACCUCUCUUAAAAUUUCUCUCUCCUCUCAAACUUAACCCAAUCUUCAACUUCUUCUCUCCAACACUUUCAUUCUUCUCCCUUCUCAACCUAAAACCUUGCUCUACUCUUUUUCUUGCAUUUUUUACGUGAUUCUUUUCUUUUCACCCUACUUUUACCAAUUAUCAUUUCCAUUAUUCAAAAAAUUCAACUUCUAUUAUUAUCCCAUGAAAAUUAUAAUUCUUAGCUUCUUAUCACCAUUUUUUCUUUCUUUCUUGUUCUAGUUGAUUAGGUUAAUAAUUCAUAUAAGUCGUUCAUCGUUAAGGUUGGGUCUUUGAUUUCGAUAUCGAUUUCGAUAAUAUGGAUCAAGUAACUGCUCAUGGAAGGCCUCUUCCUCCUCCUUUUCAUUCUAAUAGUCUUCAUCUAAACCCUCAUCAUCAGUUUCACCACUUUCAGCAACAGCAACAACAACAACAGCAACAACAACAACCGCAACUUCUACUUCAACAACAACAUCAUCAACAACAACAGCAGCAACAACAACAGCAUCAUAGCUCGGAAGCUGAGCAAAGCGGAAGUAGUAGCGACCUUAAAUCGAGUCUAAAGAGGGAACGAGACGACUCGGGAGCUGCUGAUAGCAAGAACGAAGGCGGAGGUGACGGCGAAAGAGAGAUCCAAAGACGGCCUAGAGGAAGACCAGCUGGAUCCAAGAACAAACCUAAACCACCUAUUAUUAUUACAAGAGAUAGUGCCAAUGCUCUUAGAUCUCAUGUUAUGGAAGUUGCAAAUGGAUGUGAUAUUAUGGACAGUAUAACAAACUUUGCUCGUCGUAAGCAAAGAGGGGUUUGUAUCUUGAGUGGAACGGGGACGGUUGCGAAUGUUACUCUCCGACAACCGGGGGCACCGGGUGCGGUUGUUACCUUACAUGGGAGGUUUGAAAUUCUAUCUUUAUCUGGGUCGUUUUUACCGCCCCCAGCUCCACCUGCCGCUUCUGGACUUACCAUUUAUCUAGCUGGAGGUCAAGGGCAGGUGGUAGGGGGCGGGGUUGUAGGGCCUCUUCUGGCAUCUGGGCCUGUAGUGGUCAUGGCCGCAUCUUUUGGGAACGCGGCCUAUGAGAGAUUACCACUAGAGGAAGAAGAGGGAGGUGGGACCCAGAUGCCAGGAGUAGGCCUUGGGAAUAAUGGUGGCGGUGGAUUAGGGUCACCGCCACCUGGAGGAGUAGGAGGGCAAGUCAUGGGCGAUCCCAGUAAUAAUAAUAAUGGAAGCGGAGGUGGUGGAGGAUCAGGAGGCGGAGGAGGAGGAGGAGGGAAUUUACUACAAGGGUUGCCACCAAACUUGUUGAAUUCAUUGCCACCUGAGGCUUUUUGGGGUACUCCUAAUAAUCGACCUCCUUAUUGAAAUUAUGAUGAUCAAAUGUUAGUACAUUUUACUCCUUUGACGGAUUAAUUAUAAGUGAAUGUUUUUCUUUUUUUUUUUUUUUUUUUUGUUUGAAUGAAUGAAUGAAGCUCUUUGUUAAGUUGGAAACUUUUACUACUCAGAAUUUAAGUAGAGAUCAGAGAAAGUUUAUCCAUCAUCA